AUGACGGAUACUGGAGCUUCUCCGGUAAAAGACAGGCAUAUUCAGAAUUUAAGUAGUACUUUAGCUGCACAGUUAGGGCUACCAGUGGAUUUACUUGAAACUACUUUAAGUUCGGUAAUGGAACAAAAUAAUUUCAAAAUUUCACAAAAUAAACAAAAUCAACGUAAAGAUUCUUUGUCAUCCGUUAUUGAAAUAACGCAUGAUGGGGCGACAUCGAUUAAUGUUAAAUUGCCCAGCUUAUACCUCAACCCUCCAAAAGUUCAAGAGGAAAACUCGAAUAGUAAAUCUAUUGCCGAAGCACACCCCAAACCUUCAGAUGUAAAUACAACAAAUUCAAUUAUUGAAACUUUAAAUUGGCCAGGUUAUUCAUGCCCUAACCAACAGGAUCUUUACGUUAGUUCAAAUAAUAAGAGUAACGUGCCUGAAUAUCAAAAUCGACAAAAUGGUUUUGCUCCUGAUGAUCAUAUGGAAUUGAAAUUUGAUCAACUUCAAGAUGAACCUCACAAAUAUUUUCAAGAUGUUGAUGAACCAUAUUCCGCCGGUUCACAAUCCUUUACUUCUCAGGAAAUUAAUAAACACCAUAAGGCCGAGAGAUUAAUUGAUAUAUCUCCCCCAUCUUCUUCACCGAAUCAUUACGUGAUUGAUGAUAAUGAACGCAAGCAAGAAUCUAAUGAAGAAUUUGAACCUCCAUCUACAUCGAUGAUGGGUAAAUCUUGGAAUAUUGAAUCGCAAGAGGAACUAGGUGGUUGGGAAGAUAUGGAAGAUAUGGGAACUUCUUAUGAACCCAUACAAAGUUUCACUGAAGAAAUGAAUUCACAAGAUACGUUAGAGCCUACUUCACAAAGAGAAAGCAAUCAUUCAUUUGAUGAUGGAUGGAAUGAACCUAAUGUAUAUGAAAUACCGAAAUCAUUGAAUGACAUUAAUACUGACAUUCAGCAAUCAUGUGUUAAUAAUAUAAAAACUUUUGAAUCUAAAGACGAUGAACUGUGUUUUACAAUUAGUCAAACAAACGAGUCAGAAAAUACAAUUGGGAAGAAUCCAGAUAUUAUCGAUUAUCAUGUGCGAGAAUUUGUUAAUUCACCUGCCAAUAUCAAAGCUACACCAGAAGUUGCAACUCAGAAAGUUCAGAAUACAAUCAGAAACAAAAAUUCGGAGAAAUCCUCUUCUGAAUGGCCUUCUCUCUCAGAAUCUGCAAAAAAGAGCGAUUCAAAGAAGAAUAAUGAAGUAGACCUUGGUGCUUGGGGUCCAAUGAGUACGAAUUUUGCUUCUGCUUGGGGUAAACCUAAGAAAUGGAUAUCGGAGACUGAAACAAAGAAACCCGAGAUCCCUGCCACUCCUGUUUGGAAUCCAGAUGAAAUAAAUAAUCGUAAUUGGAAGCCCAUACAAGAUCCCAAACCUCCAUUAUUUAAGAAAAGGCGCAAUACUCCAUUAAAAUACGACUUUGAUGAUAAUGAAGGGUGGGGUGCCCCUCCAACAAAGUGCAUACCAUGGAAUGAUUCUAGGCAAGGAUAUUGUGUUGACUUGAUUGAAGAACAGAAAGAAACGACAUUUUGGUCAAUGCAAAAUGGUAAUUGGGUUAAUGUAAGCGAGGAAUCAAGAAUAACCCAAGAAAAGAAAACCGUUGAAUAUACACCAGAUGGUUCUAGUCGUAGAGAAGUUCGACAGACGAGAACUCAAACUCAACGUAUCGAACGUCAAGGAAUUGAAGGUUCUGACGGUGUUACAAGGAAUGAAAAUUUGGAAACUAGACGUGAACUUGAAGAAUUUGGUUUAGCUGAUCAAGAUAACAUGAUAAUUAAUCUUACAGACCAUUCAGAUAAUGAGAAUGAUAAAGCUUCAAAAGAAACUGAUUUCUAUCAACCAAAGUCCACCAGAACGAUUACAGAGGUACCUGUCUAUCUAGAACGUUUAGGUAAUCCGCAAUGGAAGACUGAAAAAGAAUGGCGGCAGGUUAAGCAAGUGGAAGAAUGUGAUGACCUUAUCAAUCUUGACCCGCCUUCCCUAUCUGACUCGAAGAGCUCGGAAAAUGAUGAAGAACAAGAGCAUGGAAAUGUACAUGCAAAAUCAUAUGGCGAAAGUUAUAAUUUUGAUAAUUAUGAUUCGUCGAAACGUUUUUCAUCUGAUAGAUUAAUAGAGAGGAAUAAAGACAUCAUUAUUGAACAGAAUCAUUUUAUUAAAGCACCAAAAAACAAUAGUUUAUUGAUCAACCUUCUUGAAUCGACCGCUGGAUGUGUGGAUUCAAAUUCAAAGUAUCCACAACAAUUCCAUGAAAGAGAUAAUAAAACUGAAGUCGCUCGGUCUGAAAUUAAACCUUCUGAAAGUUCUCAACUUGUCAGGAAUUUCGAAACAUUUGAAGAUUCGAACGAGUAUCCGGUCCUUACUUGUAACAUUAAACAAACCGACAAUGACAAUUCACCAUUUAAUUCACGAGCCGAUACCCUUGGUUCAUUUACACGACCAAAGUACCGUUGUGAAAAUUUGUCCUUGAUAAAUAUGGAAUCCGAAACUACAAAUUUGUUGGUAUCUGAUGUUAAUAACGAAAAUUAUGUUGAUACUGUUAAUGGAACUCAGGCCGUGGCAGAUAGCGAACCGAAUUCCACAAAACCAGAAACCAACGGGAGUGAAUUCCUUAUUCAUUUAACAAUUGAAACUCAAUCACAUGGAAGGCAAAUAUUACAUUUGAGACAUGAUGAUGAUCCUACAGUUGCAGCAGCCGAGUUCUGCAAAAAAUGGGGAAUGUUGGAAUAUGAAGAUGCAUUGAAGGGUUUCGUUCAGAAGGAGCAAAAGAAGAAGAUCCGUAAACAAAAAUCAAAACGUCGUAGAUAA